CAUCGCAAUACUUGCACCCUUGGUUGUACGUGCCAAAUUGACCUUCUUUCACUGCUUGAAGCUUGGAUGUUUAGGCGGCUGCAAGUUGUGGCGGUCGGGCGACUGCGCCCGUCUCGACACUUGAUUUCGCCUUUGUUUAGGUCGAUGACAAGACAUUGUUAGCUCGAUGAAAGACCACUGUUCGAUUUCUACACGGGACAUCCCUCUGCGCUUUUCAACAGAUCCCUCAGCGCAUAUAUAAAACACAAUUCCUGCCCGCAAUACUUCCUCCGAACCAAUUCACCGUGUAUUAACACUACUUGUCCAACCCACGAUAUUUGUCUCCGAUCCACCUAUCGAUCCUUCCCGUUGCUUCCUGCAUCCUUAGCCCACCACGUUCCCCCUGAUACUUCAUUCAUCGAUCACCGCAACGCGAUCAAUACGUCCACCGGGUAGCAUGGACGCAGAUUCAACUGGAAGAGUACGACUUGAAAGUCUACCCAACGAACUGCUUGGGGACAUUGCGGAAAACCUCCAUGCACUCGACACAGAUCGCGAGGGUUUUUUGACCUCGUUAGCUCUGGUAUCUCGUCGAUUUCGCGAAGUCGCGGAGCUUGUGGUGUAUCGCGACCUCCACAUACCCAAAGGAAGACCAAUUCGUUUGGAUCUGCUUUUGCGGACUCUCCUGGAGCGACCUGACCUAGCAAGUAAGGCCAGGAUUUUAUCGUCCGCUAUUUUUCCAUCAGGAACUCGGGAAUGGCAUGGCAUGACGUCGCCACCUGAUGAAUUCGAAAAAAUAAAGACCCAAUGCAUCAAAUACCUGCAGACAGCACUUGAAGCAGGUCCAAAGUCCAGCAUGCUCACUACGAGCUUACUCAAGGGGGUAGAUGGAGCAUGGGGAUAUGAUAUUAAUGUGUACAUUGGUCUCAUGAUUACGCUGCUUCCGAAUCUCCAGGAUCUGGACAUCUGUGGGCCUAAACGAUAUCUUACUAUCCAUGACGAGACCUGGCGUCUGGAGCGACUAUUCCAUAUGGCAAGCGAGGCUGAUCUCAACGGUAACUCGCUCAGACAUCUCCAGGAAUCGACGCCCCUGUUUAACUCGAUCAAGAAUGUCAAGACAUUGACCAUUCAAGGAUGGCAACUGCCGCUGUUGAAUCUGCCAUUCGACAGUCUGAAGACCUUGGACAUAACUAUACUGGAAGAGGAAUAUGAUUCUGAAGAUCCAGACUGGAGCCCCAAUCUUCCCCUCCCCAUAACUCUCCAUUGUCGGUAUCCUAAUCUGUCGACCCUCGUAAUCCGGUCAGACUGGCUAGAAUUGUGCUCCGACUCUGAACAGAGCUGGCGAACCUCUCGAGUACUGGAGGCUGUGGGUUGUCAAGGUGUGAUGCAGUUUAAGUUCAUCCUCCAAUCAUACCCUACUGGGUACUGCAGCAGUCGCACAGGCUACUUGGCAGAAUUCAACCUGCUCAUUGAAAAUCUGUAUGCGCUAAAGGAGACCCUGGAGAGCUUGACUGUCGAUUAUGAUGAUACUACAACGGGGAGCCUCCGGGACCCACACUUGGAUCCUAGGCAUCUCAAGACCUGCGGAGCAGCGAAAAGCAUGCGUGGCUUUAAGAAGCUGAAGAGCUUGAAAGUCCUCCAGCGUGUCCUGCUAGACGGCACAUAUGCGCAACUCCCCACCAAGAAUCGCCCAGGCGAUAUCCUCCCUCCUGGCCUUGAGGAACUCGUUAUUGUGUGUCCGAACCGGAAAAUCAUACAAUGGUUGGAAGAGCUGGCUGAAGAUCGCAUGGCAGACUCGAACUUAUCAGUCCCAAACCUUCGGUGCAUCGUUCUGCUUUGCCGAGUGCGGUGGGGCGAGUCGGCGUCUUGGUUCCUUCGGAGGCCUUCUGCUUUCCUCAAGGUGCGGCAAGUUGGGAUCGAUGUUCAAGUAAUCCAGGAUGCGGAUGAAACGGUUUCGAUCCUUCCUUACUGUAUACUCUUCGAUUGCUUUUGCCGUCAGUGUCAGGAAGCGGAUGAGGGAACGACCCUUUGGGACGAAGACUGGACCGACGAGGCCUGGAGUGCCAGGCUAUUUGGAUUGCCUAGCGAUACGAAUUAAAUAUGUACCAGCCGCGAGAUGGUGGAAAAAGUGGACUUGGGGAUUUGACACUGGUUUCGUCAGGACGGCAAUAUGGCCUAUAUGGAGGACAACUCGAAGUGACAGGUGAUAUAACAGGGAAUGCGCGCGAUCGCAAUCAAGCCUAGUGUUGGAAAACUCAGGUUUUGUGGUAUCUAGUCACCUACUUUCAUGCAGAUAGAAAGAAUAUAGGGAGCAAUUCUAGAGGGC